CAGUACAAAUCCUGCAGUAGUAGACUUUGUCCCAUCAGGCUUUUGUGAGGCGUUAAAACUGAACUGUUAUCACACGCGUCUCGCUUCCUCCACUCUUCCCUCACUCUCUCACUCACACUCACACACACACACAAACACACUCUCUCUCAGACUGAAACAGCGGGAACGGGGACCCCAAAGGACGUCCAUCCAGAAGGAGGCUAGAAAUGGAAAGCUUUAACCACAUGCUGAACAAACAUAUUGACUCAUGGAUGGGUCCCAGGGAUCCUCGGGUGAGAGGCUGGCUACUGCUGGACAACUACCCACCCACUCUGGCCUUCACCAUCAUGUACCUCCUGAUCGUGUGGAUGGGGCCGAAGUACAUGAGGAACAGGCAGCCUUUCUCCUGCAGGGGGAUCUUAGUGUUGUAUAAUCUGGUGCUCACCUUUCUCUCGUUUUACAUGUUUUAUGAGCUUGUGACUGCUGUGUGGCAAGGCGGCUAUAAUUUCUUCUGCCAAGACAUUCACAGCGGAGGAGAGGCCGACGACAGGAUUAUUCGCGUGCUGUGGUGGUAUUACUUCUCCAAGCUCAUCGAGUUUAUGGAUACCUUCUUCUUCAUCCUGCGCAAAAACAACCACCAGAUCACCUUCCUGCACAUCUACCACCAUGCCACCAUGCCGAAUAUCUGGUGGUUCGUCAUGAACUGGGUGCCAUGUGGACACUCCUAUUUCGGGGCCAGCUUUAACAGCUUCAUCCACGUGCUGAUGUACUCUUAUUACGGACUCUCAGCCGUUCCUGCCAUGCGGCCGUACCUGUGGUGGAAGAAGUAUAUAACACAAGGACAGCUGAUCCAGUUCGUCCUGACCAUGAUCCAGACAUCCUGUGCUGUGGUGUGGCCCUGCGGUUUCCCAAUGGGUUGGCUGUAUUUCCAGAUCAGUUAUAUGAUCACCCUUAUUAUGUUCUUCUUAAACUUCUACAUACAGACUUAUAAGAGGCCCGGGGCUGGGCUGAAAAAGGAUCACCGACACAACGGUGUUAAAUCUGCGAACGGCCACUCGAACGGCGCGACUCAUACAGACAUGGUAAAGCACAGGAAGCCGAGGGCAGAUUGAGGACCUGUCCGCUCAGCCAGUUCCUCCAUAUCUGUGGAACACUUCUGUGAAUGUGUUGGAAAAACGUCCCCAGUCUACACACCGCAGAGAGAAAAGCAAAUUAAAAGUAAAUCCAUAUUAAAGUUGAAGAGAGUCCUAACAUUUUGCACACUUUAGUGUCCUGUUCAUAUAGAAUUCAAAGACAGUACGAGUUGAAAUACACUGUAGUUUAAAUAAAAGUCAUAACAGGGUCUGUAGAAUAUCUACAUGUAGAGUAUAUUAAUGUGUUGUAUGUGUGACGGCCUGGGAAAACCCUUUGGAUAUCAUCGAGACCACCUACUUUCGAAACCAUAAAUCUUUAUCUCAUUACAAACGAGAUGAUCUAGAGAAGACGACAGAGUAACCGUGGACUGUACGUCUAGAUCGCACCGUAAAUAUAACGGAUUCUAAUAAUUCGAGUUAUCGUUUUUUAGUUAAUAAAUUAUAAGAUAUUUUUAUACACGGAACGACAGCCGGACGGACGAGACUUCUGAGAGAGAGAUUAUCUGAUUUAAUUCAUGCUAUAUAUAUAUAUAUAAAUUUUUUUUUUUUUUUUUUUUUUUUCAAGCAUGAAUUAAAUCAGAUAAUAGCAGUUGCUUUUACACAACCAGUGUGUUGGUGUUGCCUCACAGUAAAGUCAGAAGAGAAUCCCCCCCAGACUUGUGGUUGAGAUGCAUGCAAAAGAGAAACAUGUUUCAGAACAACGCGUAGUUCCACAUUUCAAAAUUUCACCAUGUGAAGGGAUUUCCACUUCCACCACACACAUUUUUAUAAUUGUUUCAAGACUGUUUUCGACACAAAAUCUGUUUAUAUGCUUAUAGGAAACAAAAAAAGCUACAAUUUGGGAAACGAUCAAAUACAGAAGUGAUAAUUGGAGUAUUCUGCAGUGGGGUGCAAACGUUUUUCCUUACUAGUUCUGUUGGUUAUAAGUUCUAGUUUACAUUCUUUAUUUUAUUUAAUCUAGAAAAUAUAAUAAUUUGAUCAUUUAAUUUAAUUAACAUCAGUAACUCGAGUUAGAAAUAUUGGUAUUUCCCCCUUUGAGCCAUUUGAGCUGACAUGGACGCCACAUGAUGUUAUAUCAAAUCCAUUCCAGUGUUGUCUGAACACGUUCAGCGGAAUGGAUAAGACUCGAGGAAAACCCGACAAGGCCAAUAUCACAAAUUUGCUUACAUUUUUUUUUUCUGUUUACUUAGUGCGGUCUCAAACUUUUGGACCCCAGCAUAUACGCAUUAAUUUGUAAGUGAUGUUUAAGCACAUAACAUAUGCAGCAUGAAUAUUACAGCCCCAGUCAAAUACAAAAAUCAUCAGGUCUAAAUAUACCUAAAACCUAGCUAGUCCUUCAUGUUUCCAUCAGUGGCUUACAAGACACACGACCUUGCAUUCAUUUGUAUAGUGAUGCUCAGCUAUCCAAUAUCAUUCCACACAAAAAACCGACCAAAGCAAGGUGCACUGAUCUUGAAUGCCACUCGACCAUCAGAAUCUCGCCGGCGUCCGUUUGAUCCGCGAGAUUGCGAGUCAAUAAUUUAGUUGGACGUGCGGCGAUUUCAGAGUCACCGUGCAGUCCACGAAUCACUGAAUCAGCUAUAUAGUCUGUUAGACACCGAUAGAAACGAAAUGUCCGUCACACCAACGAAUUCCAUCCACAAAGAUUUCUAAUGGAACGGCGACUGGUUGAAUUGAAUAAAGUAAUAAUAUUUUGUUGACAUGAUUUUGUUCUAACACUGUCUGAACAUGGGCAUCGAUCAGUACAGCUUCUAGAAAAGUAGUAAUAAUAAAGAAAGCGAAACACUGUCAUAAACCUCGAACGUAAGCAUUGUUUACAAGCUUCGACAUAGUACGUAGUGAUACGGUAUGCCACUGUACUGUCAUUUGUGCCCUAAAAUAGAAAACUCUCUAUUCCAUUUAUGUGCAAAACUCUAAUCAAAUCAUUUUAAAGUAGCCUGUUUAGCAGUCUAGGCUUUACACUAAACGAGCACUUUAUUAGGAACAUGCGUAGAUCUGGCUUAUUCAUGAUUUGUGCAAUUAUCAACUCGGCCAAUCGUGUGGCAGCAGCACAAGAGCUUCAGUUGAUUUCUGUUCUUGGUUGACAGGAGUGGAACCCCGAUGUGACUUUCUGCUCUUGUACCCUCAAGGUUUGGUGUGUUGUUUGUUCUGAGAUGCUUUUCCUCUCAUCACGGUUGUAAAGAGUGGUUAUGAGUUACCGUAGCCUUCUUAUCAAGUCAAACCUGCCAUUCCAUUCUGCUCUGACCUCGGUCAUAUCAAAUAUGCUACCUGAAGCUCUUGACCUGCCAGUGCACGAUUUUACACACUGGGCUGCUACCACACGAUUGGCUGAUUGGCGAACUGCAUGAACGUAUGGGUGCACCGGUGUUCAUAAUAAAGUGAUGAUAAAGUGUUUUGUAUUUCAGCGAGCGUAAUCGUACACUUUAAAACAUUAUUAUAUGUACCACUACCUGUAGCUAUCCUGUUUCUCUGAACACUGCCUUAAAAAACAUAAAGCAACCUUGCUAGCGUUUUUCAACUAGCAUCUUCUCUGUUUGUAUUCUUAUGUGAUGUUUUACAUGACACAAGGUGCAUUCUUGUAACACUAUGUACAGUAAAGACAUUCCUUGGGGCGAUCUAAGCUCUUAACUGUUGCACGGCAGUGAAGUGAAAACGUGUUGUGUUGUGACGUUUUUUAAAUUCAUGUGACAUGCAGGAAAACGCAUAGAUGCUACAGUAGAAACUGUGUCAUUAUUGUGAUUGAAAUAAAUAAAAACCUUAGUGUUUAUCCUGA